UUUAAAACGCGAUAUGGGCAUUUCGAAUGGCUGGUCAUGCCGUUUGGCCUUACGAAUGCUCGAGCCACAUUCCAGGCGGCUAUGACAUUGGAGUUUCGACAUAUGUUGGAUCGUUUCGUACUCAUCUACCUCGACGACAUCUUGGUGUACAGUCGGAGUUUGGACGAGCAUGUGGAGCACCUGCGCACCGUUCUGGAACGGCUACGACAGGCCAAGUACAAGGCCAACCGCGACAAAUGGAAUUCGCGCGGCAAGAGCUGGAGUACUUGGGACACUAUGUGACGCCGCAAGGCAUCCGUCUGCUUGCGGACAAGAUCGAGGCCAUCCGCGUAUGGCCCGAGCCCACCAACACCACGGACGUUCGUUCAUUCAUGGGGUUGGCAGGCUAUUAUCAGCGUUUCAUCACCGGAUACUCAAGGAUUGCCGCACCUCUGACGAGACUACAAUCGCCAAAGGUGUCAUUCGUAUUCGAUGACGACGCGCGCCAGGCUUUCCAAGCACUCAAGACGGUCAUGCUCAUGGCACCCGUCCUUAGCAUCUACGACCCCACUCUGCCUACGAGAGUGACAACUGACGCUUCCGGUUACGGCAUUGGGGCAGUCUUGGAGCAGCACGAUGGCGAGGAUUGGCACCCUGUGGAGUAUUUCAGCCACAAAGUGCCUCCCAUCAAUUCUCUGGAUGAUGCAAAGAAGAAGGAGCUGCUUGCGUUCGUCAUGGCUCUCAAGCGAUGGCGGCACUUCCUUCUUGGGCGUCGUAGGUUCACAUGGGUCACGGACAAUAACCCAUUGACCUACUACAAGACGCAGGACACGGUGAGCAGCACGAUUGGACGGUGGAUGUACUUCAUCGACCAGUUUGACUUCACACCGAAACACGUUGACGGCCUCUCCAAUCGCGCAGCAGAUGCACUUUCGCGACGACCUGAUCUUUGCGCUAUGACGCAUCACGCCUUCGCGUUCGACGAGGACCUCCAGCGACACUUCAUCAGGGGCUAUCAGUCUGACCCAGAGUUUGCUACGUUGUAUGCGCAGCUAUCAUCGGAUCACCCGCCGGCCAGCCACUAUCGCAUUGCCGACGGGUACUUGCUCCUCCAUUCGAGAGGCAAGGACUUACUGUGUGUUCCACGCGACUGCCGUCUUCGUACUCGCCUUCUCGGCGAGUAUCAUGAUUCGCGACUCGCCGGCCAUUUCGGAGUCAAUCGCACGAUUGCACGGCUUCGACAAUGAUUCCGAUGACCCGACCUCAUUUCCGAUGUCAUGCGGUAUUGAGAUUCUUGCGAAGUUUGCCGAUGCAGCAAACCCCGCA